AUGGACUCAACUUAUGUGCAUGAUGAAAACUUUCUUCCAGGCACCACACGACUAGUAGAGGAUCACGAACAAGCUACAAAUUCCCACCUUCUCAAACACGGAAAUAUCGUCCUCGAACCCCAGCCUACCUCCUCACCUCUCGAUCCGCUCAAUUGGUCUCGUGCACGAAAAUAUUGGCAUGUUUUCCUCGUUUGUUUUAUUACGGGCCUGACGGCUGCUACUGCGAACGAUGCGGGCUCGGCGCAAGAUGGCAUGAAUGCGGAAUAUGGAAUUACAUACGAUGCGAUGAAUACCGGGGCUGGUGUUUUGUUUGUAGGAAUUGGUUAUUGGACUUUGUUGAUCUCGCCCGCUGCGUGGUUAUACGGAAGAAGGGUCACAUAUAUCAUUUGUUUGUCAUUGGGGGUUAUUGGUGCUAUAUGGUUCGCUCGUGUGCAAUCCACAAGAGACUCGAUCUGGAAUCAGCUUUUCGUGGGAGCAUCUGAAGCUUGUGCCGAGGCCAAUGUGCAGCUUUCUCUCUCGGAUUUGUUCUUUCAACAUCAAAGAGGCACUGUCCUAGGUAUUUAUGUUUUGGCGACUAGCAUCGGUACCUACUUGGGCCCUAUCAUUGCUGGAUAUAUUGCUGGGGGACCUUUGGGCUGGCGAUGGAUUGGUUGGUGGUCUGUCAUAAUUUCCUCUUGUACCAUCUUGGUUUGCUACUUUACCCUCGAAGAAACAAUGUUCGAUCGACCCGAAUCUGCAUACGAAGUCCCAAUCAAUGGUUUCGACUCACAAGUAAAGAUUGAGGAACCCCAGCUCCGCAACAGCAACGAAAAAGAAACAGCUUUAGCUGCAUCCCCCUCCGACACGCCCCCUAUUCCGCUUUGUUCCACACCCGCCCAAAAACCCUUCCGCGAACGCAUCCAACUAAUUACCCCCGCAUCUAAUAUCAAAGGAACCGGUUUCAAACAAUACUUCUCUCGUCUCUUCCACACCCUGCGCAUUUUCUCCUUCCCGGCCGUCUGGUACAGCGGUCUGCAAUGGGGUGCUCAAGACGCCUGGCUUACCUUUUACCUUACCCUCGAAGAAGAUAAUUGGACCUACGCUCCUUGGAACUAUUCCACUAUUGGCUCCGGUCUCAUGAACGUCCCUUGUUUAAUCGGCGCCAUAAUCGGUUGUUUUUGGGGUGGCUACCUUUCCGACGUCUUCGUACUUUGGUAUUCUAAGAAAUAUCGCCAUGGUAUACUGGAAGCUGAAGAUCGUCUUUGGAUGAUGUACCCAUGUGCAAUUUUCUCGCCGAUGGGGAUGUUUAUUUUCGGUCUUGGUACAGCGUAUGAAUGGUCAUGGCCAGCUCCAUAUGUAGGACUUGGAUUCAUCGGUUUUGGAUGGGGUUGUGCGGGAGAUUUGUCCAUGUCUUAUCUCAUGGACGCAUAUCCCGAAAUGGUACUCGAGGGCAUGGUGGGAGUUAGUGUCAUAAACAACACAAUCGGAUGCAUCUUCACAUUUGCAGCAAGUUAUUGGUUGGAUACAGGAGUCAAACAGACAUUCAUUGCGAUUGGAGUCCUGGAUUUUGUAUUCGUUAUGUGUACAUGGCCAAUGAUGGUCUUUGGGAAGAGCUGCAGAAGGUGGACUAAGGACAGAUAUUUGAAUUUUGUGAGGAGUAGAGAUGCUUUAUGA